ACUUUAUUCCAUUAACUCUUCCUCUCAGUACAUGAUCAUCCUUGGUUUGGUCUUCAUCUUCCAGUUUGGAAUUUCUUGCUCAUGUUUGGCUAUUAACCGAAGCAAACAGACAGAUGUCAUCAAUGCUUCUUGGUGGGUCAUGAGCAACAGCACCAGGCAUGAACUGGAAAGAAGUUUUGAUUGCUGUGGCUUGUUCAACCUCACAACUGUGUACCAAGAUGAUCCUUCUUGCAAUGCAAUUUGCAAGAACAGGAGUUCCACAUGCCAGAUGUGUGGAGAAAAGUUUCUUAAGCAUUCAGACGAAGCCCUGAAAAUCCUGGGGGGUGUUGGAUUAUUCUUUAGCUUUACGGAGAUCCUUGGUGUUUGGCUAGCAAUGAGAUUUCGGAAUCAGAAGGACCCUCGAGCUAACCCUAGUGCCUUUCUAUGAGACUAAGGACCCUUCUGACUUUUCCCUGUUUUCUCUCAGCUUUUUAUUCCUCCCUUUGGGAAAAUUUAGGGUCUAAAGCCCUUUUUGUUUAAGAAAAAGGAAAGGCCCUUUGCCACAUUCCCUAAAACUAAUUGAAUGGCUAGGCUUUAAGUCCUGACAUAUUUUGGAACAAGAGUAAGUAAGGAGGAGGAAAUACUCCCUGUUUCCCCAAGUGGAUAUAGACAGAGCCUGGGAGUGCAUGGAUGUGGGGUAGAGUCACUCACUCAUAGCUUUUUCUUUUUUUUCACUCUUCUGCAUGCUAGACCACCUCAACAUGCUUUGGCCUGGCUCCAAGAGUAAAUCAGAUGCAAGACCCACUUUGAGAAAGCUUAGUGAACAUAAGCCGCCUUAACCUCCAGUCAAAGAGCUCCACUGACAGCCUAGGCCCUGUGUAACUUAAUGAAAGAGUCUUUAUAGUUGUGCAGGGAAGUUCCUUCUUUCAAGUGGUUUUUCAAAUCACCCAAUGGCAAAGCCAAUCAGAGUAAGAAACAAAAAAAAAAAAAGACCAUAUUUCUUUG